AUGGAAUGCGGUAUAUUCAAACAUGUUUCCCUACACUCAAUUUUUUUAAACUCAAAUGAAAUAAAAUGUCUAAUCAUCCUGUCCUAUUAUUUAACAUAUAUGCGAUAUUGUAUUCAUGAAAAAAAGCGAUUAACAGUACAAUUACCUAAUUUAGAUGAAGAUUAUAUUGUUGAAUUUCUUAAAGAAGUUACUGAUUCCUCUAAAAAAACUAAAUGGGAAAAUAAAAGAGUAAAUAGACCAUGGGAAGAAUAA